CUGGAGCCUCCUGCUUAGUGUUUUGGUAUUUCGUUAGUGUUCGUGUUGCUGUUGUAGGGUAAGUAGACAGACAUCAGCCAUUGCGACUUUGUGUGCCGAAUUCUUCAAACUAAUAUGCAUUGCAGCCCCCGCAACACCACGACAAUGAAAAUCAUCUUUCUCCUUGCUUUGACGUUGGUCCUCCUACACACGGGUGAUGCACUGCGAUGUUACAACUGCGUGGGUGACUGUUCUAGUACUGUCGUUUGCACCGGCUCAUGCAUGAAGACUGUUGCAUCGGCAGGCGACAGUGAAGGUGUGGUGAGAAGCUGCUCUUCAAUGAAGGCUGACGAAGGAUGCCGCUUGCAGACCGUCGCAGGAGCAAGAGCAGAAGUUUGUUUCUGCAACAGUGAGAAGUGUAACAACGCUGUCAGUCUCGCCUUCAGCCUUCCUCUCUUAGGCAUGGCCCAUCUUGUGCAUAGAUUCUUCUAAAAGAAUCAGCUUUGGUUGACCUGUCUGAUACCUAUAUUUGUCCACGUUCUUUUAAGUCCAUAGAAUGGAUGCAAGUAUAGGCCACUGCCUUUCCUGCAGUUUCCUUUUAUAUGAAAGAGUGAAGGGAAAAUGGUUGUAGGUCACAUAAUCCUGAACACACUCAUUCUGAUUCACUGGCUCUGAACCUACACUUUCCUUUCCGCUGCAAUGAAGGAAUAGUAAAUAAUUGUACUUGUAUAAUGAAUUUCUAUAAGGAUAUUGUAAUGUGUUAUUAGAAUAUAUACAUUCAUUCAGUAGAUUGUUUAAGAACAAAAGAAAUAACAAAAGGCAGAUUUUUUGCAUUCAGUUGGCAAGGCAAUAAUUUUUUUUUCUCCGAAAGUUGACCGUAUCAUAGAAAAGCUUCAUUAAAAGUAUUAGAAGAG